GGGACUAUCGCGGAGAGCUGCCAUGGCCGCGGGGCUCAGCGGAAUGGCUCGCUGGAGCUUUUACGUUGUUUUGAUGGGGCUGCUGAAGCUCGCCUCUUCUUGUCCCGCAUCCUGCUCAUGUAACACCUCGAGGAUCUCGUGCGUCGACCAAGAGCCUGGCAUCGAGGAUUUCCCCAUCCUGGUGCCCGAGACCGACAUGGAAAACAUCACGGACAUAUAUAUCACAAAACAGAACAGACUAUUUACAAUCACUGAGGACCACAUGAAGUUUUACACAAAUCUCAGGAAUCUAACAGUGACCAAGACUCAUCUAACAUCUGUAUCUUUAAAAGCCUUUGCCAACAAUGCCAAACUUCAGUAUUUGAAUCUCAGAGACAACAAUUUGUCAACACUGUCAUGGACAGCGAUUCGCAACUGCAACAUGUCAACUUUGCUGCUGGCUGGAAACCCUCUACGGUGUGCAUGUGAGAACAUGUGGAUCAAGGCCUGGCUGGAGGACAGCGAGCGAGAUCAGCUUCAGUGUCUGCAAGAAGGGGGCAGAGUAAAAACCCUCUCUAAACUCACUGUCCCCUCAUGUGAGUAUCCGCGAGUAGAAGUCAUCCCCAAUGUCGUUACCCAGAUGGCAGGGAGUGAUGCAAUAGUAGCAUGUAGUGCCUCUGGAGCUCCAGCCCCUGUGGUCUCCUGGAACGUGAACUCCACUGACCAUCCACCACUUACAACUGCCUAUGAGACUAAAACCUCAGAUUUGCAGUCCAUGCUGACGCUGACCGGUCUGUCCCCCAGUGACAACGGGAGAGAGAUCACCUGUAAUGCAGAGAACAUUGUGGGCCAAAACGAAGCCUCCGUCACCCUCAACAUACUUUUCCGGCCAAUCAUCCUGCAGCUGUACGAGCCUGAGCGGAGCCACGACUGGUGCAUUCCAUUCAGCGUGACAGGCAACCCCAAGCCUGAGCUGCAGUGGUACCACCAGGGCCAGCCACUGGAGGAGCAGGACUACAUCAAAACACAGAUACAUGAGUCAACAGAGAGCGAGUACCAUGGCUGCUUGCAGCUGGACAUCCCCACACACAUCCACAAUGGCGUCUACACGCUGGUGGCCACCAACGAGUUUGGUGACGACCAGAAGAAUGUCACAGCACACUUUAUGCACAUCCCUGACGUGGAGCACUCAGGAACAGAUGAGUUCUACUAUGAUACAACUAACCCUCCAGAGAUCCCACCACAGGAAGACAAAGUUGCCGUAUAUGUGGUGGUGGGAAUAGCUGGGGUUGCACUGACUGGAUGCAUCUUGAUGCUGAUCUUUCUCAAGUAUGGAAGAAGCUCAAAGUUUGGCCUGAAGGGUUCCUCCUCAGUUAUCAGCAAUGACGACGACUCAGCAAGCCCACUCCACCAUGUCUCCAAUGGUAACAACACGCCGUCGUCCUCUGAGAUGGGCCCAGAUGCUGUCAUCAUUGGCAUGACCAAGAUACCGGUGAUUGAGAACCCACAGUACUUCCGCAACCCCAGCAGCAUGCUGAAAUCAGACACUUUUGUGCAACACAUCAAACGCCACAACAUAGUGCUGAAGAGAGAACUUGGAGAGGGGGCUUUCGGCAAAGUGUUCCUUGCCGAGUGCUACAAUUUAUCACCAGACCAGGAGAAGAUCCUGGUGGCUGUUAAGACUUUGAAAGAAGCAAGUGAAAGUGGGCGGGCCGACUUCCAUCGAGAGGCAGAGCUCUUGACUAACCUGCAGCAUGAGCACAUCGUCACCUUCUAUGGCGUGUGUGUGGAGAGUGAUCCCCUCAUUAUGGUGUUCGAGUAUAUGAAACAUGGAGACCUCAACAAGUUCCUCAGGGCUCACGGGCCAGAUGCGGUGCUGAUGGCGGAUGGGCAGCAGAGUAUGCUGGUGGAGCUGACUCAGUCGCAAAUGCUACACAUUGCUCAGCAGAUAGCAGCCGGCAUGGUGUAUCUGGCCUCACAGCACUUUGUUCACAGAGACCUGGCCACGCGCAACUGCCUGGUGGGAGAGAAUCUGCUUGUCAAGAUAGGGGACUUCGGCAUGUCCAGAGAUGUGUACAGCACCGAUUACUACAGGGUGGGCGGUCACACCAUGUUGCCCAUCCGCUGGAUGCCUCCAGAGAGCAUCAUGUACCGCAGGUUCACCACAGAGAGUGACGUGUGGAGCCUUGGGGUGGUCCUGUGGGAGAUCUUUACCUAUGGCAAGCAACCCUGGUACCAGCUCUCCAACAAUGAGGUGAUUGAGUGCAUCACACAAGGCCGUGUACUGCAGAGGCCUCGGACCUGCCCAAAAGAGGUGUAUGACCUGAUGCUGGGCUGCUGGCAGCGCGAACCCUACAUGAGACUCAACAUCAAAGAGAUCCACAAUCUGCUCCAGAGCCUGGCCAAGGCCUCACCUGUUUAUCUGGACAUCCUGGGCUGACCGUCUGUGUAUUUUCAAAGCGAUGGAUUUGGUGGGCACUGUGACGUAAGCAUUGAUGUGAGAGUGGUAUGAUGCGAACUUGGCCAUCCCUGAGGUCACCACCAGACAACACAGACCCUAUGAAGGGACAGCCAGGGUUCCAUGUCUGUGUGCUUCAACCCCACCAAAUAUGUGAAAAGAGGAGGAUAAUAACAGGAAGACUUACUAACUUACUGCAAGUCUCCAUACCAACUCUACAUCUGAUUAUUAACUACACUUAAGUAAAUGAAGCACUAACUUUCCAUAAUACGUAACUGACUUUGACUGACCAACUUGUCACUUGUUCAUUACUACACCAAACUACACACUCACAGCUAGAUUUACCAUUCUAACAUUACAGUAUGGCAAGUUCUCCUGUAUAUGGUUACCUCCUUAUUUAUUCGGUGGGUGUCUUCAUGGUAUCCUUUCUGCUAAUGACAUGUUGCGAGUGAGUGCAAAAUGACAAAGCUCUGAAAAAGUGUUGCACCGAAUGAGUGCGCAAUCAGAAUGUAUAUAACCCAUUAGCUACAUUUGUUGUCCUUUGUACCCUGAUGUCGGACUCUUUCUAAGCUGUCUCUGUAUCAGCGACAUGUAUUUUUCAUGCAUCCCUUCACAAGUGGCGGAACAGUGUUUCUAAACAUUUCAAGCACUGGUCAUCUGUGAACCGGUGAUUAUGAAGCAUUAUAAAAUGUCUGAGCUGUAACCUUCCUUUCUGUUGACUGCUCAUAUUUUUGUAAAAUUCAAAUAAUUGUAAGCACUGCAAAAAUGCACAGACAGAGAUAUGUGUCUUUGAAAAUAUGGUAUUUGUUUAUCAGGCAGAUCCUUUUUUUUAGAAGUAGGAUGUUAUGAAGAGUGCUUUAUUUGCUGUAAAGAACUGAUAUCCCGAUUUCAUUGCUAGAAAUGUAUCAAUAAUUUAGCCAACUUUUACUAAAUUAGCCCAAACUUGGUUCUGAGAGAAAAAAUAAGCAAAAAAAUAAUGUCGAAAAUUUGCACACAAGAAAUAUUUGGUCUAAACCAUUAUGCUAAGACCUAAGACUCUGUCUAAACCCAGAUUUUUUUUUGUUGUUUUUGUGCGUUGACAGACUGACUUAAAAGUAAGCUUAAUUGAACAAAAAUGGAUUUUCUAA